AUGGGAUCACGUAUCCCGUUUAAAAUCAUCAUAUGGGCAGCUCUCUCGACUCUAUUCACCUUAACCACCGCAGCCCUUCAAGAUGGCAUCGUCAGCAUCACCUCUCCCUUCCAAAGAUGGGCAAAAAAUGACACUAUUGUAAUCGAUACAUUCCGCCAAAAGGACAAAAAUGACCUUGGAUUCUGGCACGGAGCAGGCGAAGACCUACGCGUGGAAUACGGAGCUGGCUAUGUGCGCUUCUUUCCCACAGAUCCGGACCAGAACUUCCAUACCCAACUCGCAGACAACAAGUGCAUCAGCUUGCUCCCGUAUAGGGGCAAACACUUGCACGUUGUGUUUUCGGGAACUCUCAAGUUUGGUAUCUCGUUGAACCAGCAUAAUCAGGAGUGCAACCCUCGCCAGAAUCCGUAUCCGGCUACGUGGGAUACGGUGGAAGCCGGUCGAUAUGCGAGGGGAAAUGAGAUUUAUGUGCCCCUUGAGCACUUUCAGAUUGACCAGUCCAGAGUUGUUUCGGUGUCGUUUAAUGGAUUCUAUUCCCGGGAGAGCCUGACCCUGUACAAGGUGGAAAUUAUUCCUGACCUCCCCAAGAGCGUUCCAACUCCCAGCAAAUUGCCCAGUGGACAGAUGGCCCUCCGUUGUAGCAGACCAAACUCGUUUGCGUUCGGUAUCGAUGAUGGACAGCCGCGGUUUGCCCAAGAGGUUAUGAAAAUCCUCGAAGAAGAAGGUAUCCUAGUGACCUUUUUCGUUGUGGGGGCCGGUCUGCGAAAUGAGGAGACCAACUUCACACGGGUGUACAGGGAGAUGCUCAAACGAGGACAUCAAAUCGCGCUUCACUCGACAACUCAUCAAAAGAUGGAAGGACUGCAAACGGUUGAUGAGAUGGACGAGGAGAUUGCUCAAAAUGUCCAGGUUUUCAAAACAUUUCUUGAAACCGAAUCUCGAUACUUCCGUCCCCCAUUUGGAACUAUCGGUGCAAGGUCACGGCAACGAUUGGCUGCACUGCUUCCUGAUCCUUAUAUCGUCAACUGGAGCGUGGAUAUCGAAGAUUGGCUCUGGGCAGAGACUGAGACACCGGAAAGGCAAGUCGACGCCUUUGUUCGCGAUGUCAAAAAGGGUGGCAACCUCGUCGUCAUGCAUUAUCUCCACCCGUCGACCGUCAGGUACUUCAGAGACAUCAUUCGGUUUGUCAAGUCCACUGGCGUGGAUAUAAUGCGAAUCGAUUAGUGCCUUGAAGAUCCCAACAGUCCUCCGGUGCGAGCGCCUCAGCCUGUUUGGAGAGGAUUUGAAUAGUCUGAUUAGUUGGUUACUCGUGUCAAAAUUGUUAAAGAUAGGCC